AUGGAAAGAAAGAAUCAAACAACUCUGAAAGAAUUCAUCCUGAUGGGACUGUCAGAUGAUCCUACAGUCAAGAUCUUGCUCUUUGUUAUUGGUUUGUUGAUCUACUUAUUCACAGUAGCAGGGAACCUAGCUAUCAUUCUUUUGAUCCAAAUUGACCAGCAUCUCCACACUCCCAUGUACUUCUUGUUGAACAAUCUCUCCUUUGCUGAAAUCUGUUAUAUCACCACCACCAUGCCAAAGAUGUUAUGGGAUCUCUCAUCGGGGGAUAAGACCAUCUCCUUUGCUGGCUGUAUGGUCCAAAUGUAUUCCUUUCUAACCACUGCUGCCACAGAAGGCGCCCUACUCUCUGCCAUGGCAUAUGAUCGCUAUGCUGCCAUUUGCCAUCCAUUGCACUAUACUAUGCUUAUGAGCCAACCUACAUGCAAGUGGCUUCUAGCAGCUUCAUGGAUUAUUGGAAAUCUCAAUGCCAUGGUCAAUACAGCCUUUGUCUUCUCCCAGAACUUCUGCAGUUCCAAUAAAAUUGCACACUUCUUUUGUGACAUCCCACCUGUCCUGCAUCUUUCAUGCUCUGAUACUUUCCUUGCUGAAAUGGGGACCUUCAUUAUCUCUGGAAGCAUCAUGAUAACAACUCUCAUCUUGAUUGUCCUCUCUUAUUUCCUCAUUGUCUCAGCUGUGCUCAGAAUCCAUUCAGUUCAGACUAGAAUCAAAACAUUCUCCACGUGCGCCUCCCACCUGACUGUAGUUAGCAUCUUCUACAGUACUGCCAUCUUUACAUACAUGCGUCCCUCCUCCAGUCACUCCACGGGAAAGGAUCGCCUGAUCUCUAUAUUGUACACCAUCAUCACUCCUUUCCUGAACCCUCUAAUCUACAGCUUCAGGAACAAGGAAAUACGAACAGCAUUACUGGACAUUCUUGGAAGAAAAAAACAUUGCGUACUCUGA